UUUUGUGCGUGUUUGCUACUACAGGUUCCUCGUUUUUUAUUUAUUUAAAAAUCUGUUACAAGCGUCAUGGCAUCAACUUUAGUUAAAUCUGUAACUCGACGUCUGCCGUUAUUUUUCGCUCGAAAUGGUUACGCAACCUCAGCCAAACCCGCCGUUCCCGAAACUGAAGAACAAAGAAUCUGCACCAUGAUUCCUGGGGAUGGAAUUGGACCAGAGAUCUCAGAUUCGGUAAUGAAGAUCUUUGAUGCAGCUGGAGCGCCAAUCUCCUGGGAAGAAAGAAAUGUGACAGCAAUGAAGGGGCCUGGAGGAAAAUGGAUCAUUCCAAUUGAGGCUCAGGAAUCUAUUAAUAAGAAUAAAGUUGGUUUAAAAGGACCUCUUGGCACUCCAAUUGCUGCUGGUCACCCAUCUAUGAAUCUUCUGCUCCGAAAAACAUUUGAUCUUUACGCGAAUGUGAGGCCAUGUGUGUCAUUGGAUGGAUACAAGACUCCAUACGAUGGUGUGAACUUGGUGACCAUAAGAGAAAACACUGAGGGGGAAUACUCGGGCAUAGAGCACGCAAUUGUGGACGGCGUGGUGCAAAGUAUUAAGCUUAUAACUGAAGAAGCUUCACGUAAAGUUGCAGAGUUUGCGUUUNNUUACGCCCGCAAGAAUGCGCGUAAAAAUGUCACUGUGGUCCAUAAAGCCAACAUCAUGAGAAUGACGGAUGGCUUGUUCUUAAGAUGCUGCAGGGAAACUGCUGAGAAGAACAGAGACAUCAAGUUCAACGAGAUGUAUCUUGAUACUGUGUGUCUUAACAUUGUACAAGAUCCAUCUCAGUUUGACGUCCUCGUGAUGCCAAACUUAUACGGCGAUAUUUUAAGUGAUCUGUGCGCUGGUCUCAUUGGUGGCUUGGGAGUUACCCCAAGUGGUAACAUUGGUGCUAAUGGAACGGCUCUAUUUGAAUCUGUGCAUGGUACGGCACCAGAUAUCGCAGGGAAGGACCUAGCUAACCCAACUGCGCUUCUGCUUUCUGCCAUAAUGAUGCUUAGACACCUGGGGAAGAUGAAUUACGCUGGUAGGAUCGAGCAGGCUUGUUUCGACGCGAUUAGAGAGAAGAAAUCGCGCACUAAAGAUCUUGGGGGUGACGCCACAUGCUCAAAGUUCACAAAUGAAGUUUGCCUCAGAGUAAAAGAUUUGUAAACUCCAUAAAGUUCAUGUUAUCUUGAUUACUGUGACCUCUGUAACUUGUAGUUCUACUUAUUUCUGCUCUGUCCACAAUGCAGUUGAAAUAAUAUACAAAAUGUUCAAAUUGCACCAUAGAUAGCUUUGAUAUUGCCAGUUUGUUUUUGUUGUCAAUAUGGUUCAUUUGCUGCUUCAUUGUUGAUUACAAACUGUUUUGUUACA